AUGGUCGCUGAAACAAAGCUAUACGACGCCCUCUCGGUCAGGCCUGAGGCCUCGCAGGAUGAAAUCAAAAAGGCUUACCGCAAGGCUGCGCUGAAGUUUCACCCCGAUAAGAACAAGGAUAACCCGGCUGCGUCGGAAAAGUUUAAAGAGGUCUCCCAAGCAUAUGAAGUUCUCUCCGACCCCGAAAAGCGAAAGGUCUACGACCAAUUCGGCCUCGAAUACCUCCUUCGCGGCGGUCCUCCCCCGUCCAGUGGCGGUGCGGACGGGGCCAGUCCCUUCGAUGGCGGGAUGCCGGGCGGAUUCUCUUUCGGUGGCAUGCCCGGUGGUGGUGGCGGCAGCGGCGGCGGCGGCACCCGGACGUUCCACUUCUCGACCGGCCCUGGCAGCGGUGGCAGCGGGUUCCGGUUCAGCAACGCGGAUGACAUCUUCCGGAACUUCGCCAAAGCUGGUGGGGGUGGUGGCAUGGGCGGCAUGGGCGGUAUGGAUGAUGAUGAUCUGUUCUCGAUGCUGGGCGGCGGACUGGGCGGCGGUGGUGGCCGCGGAUUCCGGAGCAGUCGGCCCAGCGGUUUCAAACAGUCGUCGCAGCGGGCGCCGACGCCAGAGCCCACGGUCAUGGAGAAAGAACUGCCGCUGACGCUGGAGGAGCUGAUGCGCGGCACGACCAAGAAGGUGUCGGUCAAGAGCAAGACGUUUGACGCGAGCGGGAAGCGCACCGUGCAGGACGUGACGCUGGAAGCGAACAUCAAGCCGGGUCUGCGCACGGGCUCGAAGAUCAAGUACCGCGGGGUGGGCGACCAGGAGGAAGGCGGUCGCCAGGACGUGCAUUUGAUUGUGACCGAGAAAGAACACCCAAACUUCAAGCGCCAGGGCGACAACCUCGUCACGACGGUCGAGGUCAGCCUGAAAGAGGCACUGACAGGCUGGGAACGCAUCGUGCGCACGAUCGACGGCAAAUCGAUCCGGGUGUCCAAGCCCGGGCCCACCCAUCCGGGCCACGAAGAACGCUUCCCGGGGCUGGGCAUGACCAUCUCGCGCAAGCCCAGUGAGCGGGGGGAUCUGCUGGUCCGUGUCAACGUGCGGUUCCCGGCUAGUUUGAGCGCGUCGCAGAAGGAAAUCCUGAAGGAUACGCUUCCUUGA